CCGAGUUGCUUCCUUUUAUCAAAUAUACACGUAAAACAAUAUGAGGACAGACUGUGCGGAAAGCAAACCGCACAGAUCUUCCCUCGGACGAUCGGUGCGAGCAGAAAACCCGCAUGUUAUGUCCGACGGACACACGAAACUGGUAGGACAAACGGCGCGGUCACACCGGCCGAUCGACCUGCUGUACCAGCUGGCUUUCUUUCUUAUAAAACUCCUUAUUUGUGUCCAGAAACUCUGGUGGAUUCAGGAGGUGUUCCGGAAGCAUUUCAAGGGCAGGAUUAUAUUGAAUGGACCACGCUUGAGAUUGAGAUGGCAGGUCUGGUGCUGUGUUCUCACAGAAGACUUCUGAGUCAGAUGUGGUCAAGGGCUAGUUCCUUUCACACAAGUUCUGCUUACCAUGGCUACAAGAUCAGUGAUAAUGUGAAAGACUGCUUCCAGCUCUUGAACGUGACGGAGGAGAGCAGCAUGGUGGAGAUCAAGGAGGCGUACUUCAAGCUGGCCAAGGUUUACCAUCCAGAUAGCCAAAGCAAACAGGCCGAUGGAAACAAGUUCACCCAGAUCCAGCAAGCAUACAAUAGCAUCUGCCUCCAUGUGGAGAAGAUGGAGAAACAAGGGAGACGGGAGGGACUGGAAGAUGACCUAUCGCAGGAAGAGGAAGAUGAUGAGUGUGACUUCGACAUCAAGCACACCGUGCCUCAACAUCGGCAGUAUUUGGAGUACGAGGGAAUAGGGUUUGGCACGCCCAGUCAACGGCAGAAGCAGUAUCAGUAUUACCGAGCCAUGAAGGCAUCCGAUGCCGUAAGCACUCAGAGGAUUUAUAAGAUCGCCGUUACCGAUGAGAAAGGUCUGGUGCUGAAGGAUAAGAAAGCUGCAAGGAAGAUAAGAACAACAAACGUCAUUGAGAGGCUUGUGGAGGAUUUGAUCCAGGACUCCAUGGCUAAAGGAGAGUUUGAUGAUCUCCCGGGUAUGGGGAAACCCCUCCCACCUAAAACAGCUUACUGCCCUUUUGUGGAUUCAGCCACACACAAUCUGAAUGAGGUUCUCGUCAACAAUGGUUACGCCCCCGAAUGGAUCCAACUAGAAAAGGACAUCCGGAACAUGCUCCGUGAGGACAAAAACGCUCUCUUGCGUGAGCGCCUAAAGCUUGGCCCGGAACCUCUGAAUGACUACAAUGUAAGGAAGUGGGCGGAUCUUCAGUUUGAGUUCAGUGAGAAGAUAAAACAGAUCAACAGAAGAGUCAACGAUUUUAACCUGAUUGUUCCGAUCAUCAAACUCCAGAAGGUCCACAUCCAACCAGAAAAAGAAAUAACCAAAGUGCUGGAUGAAUAUUCUAAAUUGGAGCAGAAAGGAGAAGCCCUCACCAGAAGUAAUAUCAAGGAGAGACAGGAAGUAGUUGUAGAGGAUGAAGUAGCGUUGAUGGCAAGCAGACUGUUUCAAAGCCUCUCUUCUUUUAUGACUAGGUUGUCCAAUGCUUUCUUUGUAAGGGAAGACGCUAGAGCUAGAGACAGAUUAAGAUGAAUAAUAUAUGAAUUUUAUUUGAUUGGUAAAUUAAUAAAACCCCAUUGUACUUAUUGAUGUUAUUUAAAGAUGAGGUUAUUUGUAGUCUAUGUGGUGAGCUGGCAAUAGCUUAUUAAUUUUCUGUGGAAGGACUUGAACCCUGUGAAUACUGUCAUUGAAAAUUAUGCUGUAAAGUGUACUAAAGUCCCAUAGAGAUGGGUGUCUUUAAUACAAAGUACAUGAUAUUCAUAUGUACAGGUAAAACACUUCUACCGGGUCAAGCUCAUUAUCCAUAAGGACCACUAUUCAUAAGGACCACUAUUCAUAAGGACUGCUAUCCAUAACGCGUAACAAAAUGAUUUGCGAUCCUUUAUGAUUAGCGACCCUUACAAUUAGUAGCCUAACAAUUAGCGAGCAAACCAUAGCCAAUUUACCUCGCUAUUUACAGUAUAAGGACUGCCAUUCAUAAGGACCACUAUGCAUAAUGCGUGACUAAAUGAAUAGCGGUCUUUUAUAAAUAGCCGUCCUUAUAAAUAGCGGAUGACCCCCUUCUACCUGCCCAUACAGACUGUGAAACGUGAAUUGUGAAUUGUGAAGUCAUAAGUCAUGCAUUCACUCCAAUUAUAAAUAGGAAUUGCCAGGGGUAUUGUUCCGUUAUAGUUAUUUGGCUUCAGGUAGAGUUCAGAAAUAUUUGACAAAGCAUAUGGAAAUUAUAAAUUGUCAAAAGAAGUUAUCACAUAAUUAUUUUGAUAGCUAUCUCCUGUUGUAAUUGCAGUCAUAAUGUGCGAUGUCAAACAUGAUGAACCCUCGUAACUGUUUUGUACCCAAUAUACUUUUCGUACAAUUUUUUUCUUUCAAUUCUUUAUGUGGAAAAGGCAUUUUUUUCCUCAGAAAGACAUCACAACAAAUGUAUUAACUAUAAUGUAUCAUAGAAGAAAAAAACCUGUUCAGUCAAUAAAAUUGGAGAAGAUGUUUUACUUUGAGAUAUCCCUUGUACCGGUAGUUGAUAAUUUUUGAAUAUUUCCUUUAAUAUUUGCCCUUUAACAAUCCACUUAUCGAUAGGCUGGAUAUUCUGUAAUUUUAAGAUGUGAACUUACAUUAUGUAGUACAGUAUAUGUGAAUAUCACAUUAAUAUUUUUGAACAUUCAGCAAUGAUAUUUUCAACAUGAGAUAAAAAGAGAAAUCUAACUAACAAA